AAUAUGAGUUUACUACGAUAAUAGCAUAAUUCUGUUAUAAAAAGUUGCAUACAUUGCAAGACCAUAAAGGUCACAUAUCUCUUGCUACUCUUCAGAAAUAUAUAAUUUAAAAAUAUUUCCUUAUCCUGGGUUAAUUCCCAUUUGAGAAGGGAAUUCCUUCCUCAUUAUAUCUUCCUCUAUCCUAGUCCAACCUUCAUCCUCUUGAUUUCCCUGCAGACUAAAGAGUCCCCAUUUCUAGCCAAAUUUACAGAGGUAUAUAAUGGAGGGGCAGGGUAAAUGUGAGUAGAAAGGCAAGGAAGAAGGUCAGAGAAACAAACCCUUAAAAACACAUGGCUCCUUCGUAUUAUGCAUUCAUUCUUUUAUACCUACUGCAUCUCUUCAUUCAUUGCCAAGCACAGUAUGAGUUAUCCAUAGCCCCUCAAAAUCCAGUGGUGUCAUUGGGGGCAUCGGUUCAACUCAACUGCUCAAUCAAUUGCCCAGGAGGCUCUACUACAUGGAAGGGACUUGAUACCAACCUCGGAGGACUUUCUAUUGGCAGAGGUUUUAGCGUUUUAAAUAUUCAAAAUGCCAGUAUCUCUAUGGAGGGGACCAUGAUAUGUGUUGGAAGCUGCUCUGAGGCUGGCAAAAAACAUUAUCACAACACUGUGUUUCUGCAUGUAUAUGCACUGCCAGAGACAUUGCUCCUGAGUACGCACCCUGAAGAAGAGCCCCCUUCUCUGCAUUGCUUCAUGAGGGCAGUGUAUGUGACAUCAGACAUUACAGUCAAGUGGUUCAAAGGUUUAGAGAGUUUGGAGGCCUCCAAGCAGGAAGAGAAGUGGUAUGAAGAUGAGGAUGGCUUAAGCUAUUACACAUGGAAACUGCCAGUUACAGAAAAGUGGGAACCAGGAACCUCAUAUAAUUGUGAAGCAGAAAUAGAUGUUGGUGGAUAUUUGUUUACAAGAAAAGGAAUCCUGCAACUUCCACAGAAAGCACAGUAUGAGUUAUCCAUAGCCCCUCAAAAUCCAGUGGUGUCAUUGGGGGCAUCGGUUCAACUCAACUGCUCAAUCAAUUGCCCAGGAGGCUCUACUACAUGGAAGGGACUUGAUACCAACCUCGGAGGACUUUCUAUUGGCACAGGUUUUAGCGUUUUAAAUAUUCAAAAUGCCAGCAUCUCUAUGGAGGGGACCAUGAUAUGUGUUGGAAGCUGCCCUGAGGCUGGCAAGAAACAUUAUAACAACACUGUGUUCCUUCAUGUAUAUGCACUGCCAGAGACAUUGCUCCUGAGUACGCACCCUGAAGAAGAGCCCCCUUCUCUGCAUUGCUUCAUGAGGGCAGUGUAUGUGACAUCAGACAUUACAGUCAAGUGGUUCAAAGGUUUAGAGAGUUUGGAGGCCUCCAAGCAGGAAGAGAAGUGGUAUGAAGAUGAGGAUGGCUUAAGCUAUUACACAUGGAUACUGCCAGUUACAGAAAAGUGGGAACCAGGAACCUCAUAUAAUUGUGAAGCAGAAAUAGAUGUUGGUGGAUAUUUGUUUACAAGAAAAGGAAUCCUGCAACUUCCACAGAAAGCUGUCAUACAUCCAACCACUUCCCAAGAUGUAGACCUCCAUGCCACCAGUGCUGCAAGUUCAACCAUCAUGUAUACUAUCCCAUCUUUUGCAGGGUACCCUAAAACCUUGCACAAAGUUUCAAGUCCCUCAUUAGCAUACAAAUCCAGGUUAUCCAUGAACACUGAGACACAGACUGUUCCCAAACGUGCAUCAGAGAGUCACAAGAAGCUUAUAACUGCAACUAUACCAAGCAGCAUGCCAGGCAGUAGUGAUCCUGUCAGAAGGUUUCCAACAGUCAAGCCCACAAAUCUGCUUACAGAAUACCCAACAGUUAGUACAAAUGUUAACAUCAGAAUUUAUUCCAAGCCCCUCACUGCUGACUUUCAAGGUACACCAUCUGCCGCUGUUGUCUAUCAUACUACUGAACAAGGAAGUAGCAUGAAAGAAGGCCAAACAUCAAUUUCUUCUUAUAACACCCAACCAGAUAAUCCCAAAACAGAAAGUCUUCCAUCUGUUUCUGCAGAAGAGAGCACUACCCAAAUGAAGUCUGUUGAACAUCUAUUCACAACACUACCAUUAGUUCAUCAAAGAAAGUCAUAUAAUACUCAAGUACGACUGAGCCCUACACCUUGGCCUACUGUAAUACUUCAAUUUGUGUCUUCUCAAGGGAUCCGUGCUACAAAUAAAUCUCCAAUCCAAGUAGUUCCAAGUGACAGGUUGGCAUUAGUCUGGGCUGUUGUCCCAACACUUGGCCUAAUAGGAAGCCUGAUGCUCUCCUUUCGACUCUGGACAGCUCUGAGACGGAAAGGAUCCUUCAUACCUAAACAACUGUAACCUGAGCAGAGAUGGUCAGUCAAGUAGAAUGGGAUUCCCUAUAGGCAGUAUCUGCUUCUCACAUCUAAAUGGACAAUGAUGCUAUGGGAUUCAAGAAAAAAGACUGUAAUUGGGCUACAUAUUAGAAACAAGCCCACAGGGCCUACUAAAAGGGGAUUAUAUAUUCCUUUUGCUUUCAAAACUGUGAAAACUAUCUAUUGCUAAACUGUAACAUUUUAUUAUGCUGUAAAAUAGAAUGUGUACUGACUUGAUAUUUAGAAUUCCUGCAAAUAUUGUGGUGGUUUGCCUUUGUGAAAGAAACUUUAGAAUAAUAAAAUUGUGUUUCUAUUUUUAGCUACGUUUAUUAUACAGGAAUAUACCUUUCUUGGAAUACUAUUUUAUUGCACCCCUGGCUUUUAAGUUACUUAAAAGGAAAGCAUUGGGCUCCAUUAUUAUUUUGGGUUGUAUUCUUAUUCUUGAAAUGUAAUCUUAUAUUUCUAAGGCUCCUCUACAAUUCUCACCCAUAUUGCUUUAAGGCUCUAUCACAUGGCAAUACAUUUUUCAGAACAAAUCAUUAUAGCAUGCUGGGUGUCACAUGCCUUGCUUGUCUGAUUUGCAGCAAAGGGUGAAACAGCUUCCUACAGCGUCAAAUCACACAAGCAAAGAUUAUGUUAAUCACUUCUAUUGCUUUAAAAAUAUUGUAAAAUCAAUGAAUAUCUUUUUUACCAAAUGUUUGUGCAGCUAGGUUACAAUUUAGCCUGUGGGAAAGUAUGAUCCUUAAAAGAUCAGUAACACAAUAAAGGGAAAUACUUUUUUUUUACAUUUAAACUUUGUGUGUGUCCAACCAAAACCUAAAAUAAACUUUCUUUACAACAAA